AUGGAUCAGGGAAAUUAUACCCGAGUGAAAGAAUUUAUUUUCCUGGGAAUUACUCAGUCGCGAGAGCUGAGCUGGGUCUUAUUCGUCUUUUUGCUUUUGGUGUACAUGACGACUCUGGUGGGAAACCUCCUCAUCAUGGUGACAGUUACCUGGGAAUCUCAUCUGCACACCCCCAUGUACUUCCUGCUCCGCAACCUCUCCGUUCUUGACAUCUGCUUCUCCUCCAUCACAGCUCCUAAGGUCCUAGUUGAUCUUCUGUCAGAGAGAAAGACCAUCUCCUUCAAUGGCUGUGUCACCCAAAUGUUCUUCUUCCACCUUCUGGGGGGAGCAGAUGUUUUCUCUCUCUCUGUGAUGGCCUUUGAUCGCUACGUGGCCAUCUCAAGACCCCUCCACUAUCUGACCAUCAUGAGGAAGGAACGAUGCGCUAGCCUCGUGGUGGCCUCCUGGGUGGGGGGCUUUGUCCACUCCGUUGCGCAGAUCUCCCUGCUGCUCCCACUCCCCUUCUGUGGACCCAAUGUUCGCACUUUCUACUGUGAUGUCCCCCAGGUCCUCAAACUCGCCUGCACUGACACCUUCCUGGAGCUCCUGAUGAUUUCCAACAAUGGACUGGUCAGCUGGUUCAUAUUCUUCUCUCUCAUCUCGUACACAGUCAUCCUCAGGAUGCUGAGGUCUCACCAGGGGGAGGGCAGGAGGAAAGCCAUCUCCACCUGCACCUCCCACAUCACCGUGGUGACCCUGCACUUCGUGCCCUGCAUCUACGUCUACGCCCGGCCCUUCACCGCCCUCCCCACGGAUACCGCUAUCUCUGUCACCUUCACUGUCAUCUCUCCGCUGCUCAAUCCUAUGAUCUAUACCUUGAGGAACCAGGAAAUGAAAUCAGCCAUGAGGAGACUAAAGAAACGACUGGAGCAUUCAGAAAGGAUUUAA